UUAACAAGUAGAAUAGAUGAGCGGACACGUAAAAGAUUAAAAAAAUAAUAAAAUAAAAAAUAUGGAGGCAUUAAUAAAUUCCAUCGGGUUCGAGUGGAUGGACAUCAGGAGUGUCUUCAUAUUUCUGUGUGUUUUUGUGUUGUUGGCUGAUAUUUUGAAGAACAGAGUUCCGUCAAACUUUCCUCCCGGACCGUGGGCUCUUCCAAUAAUCGGUGAUCUUCAUCGCAUCAGCAGCAGCAGGAUCCACCUGCAGUUCACAGAGUUUGCAGAGAAAUAUGGAAACAUUUUCAGCCUGCGGCUCUUUGGUGGACGAGUGGUGGUUCUUAAUGGCUACAAGCUCAUGAGGGAGGCCCUGGUCCAAAAAGGAGAGGACUAUGUAGAUCGCCCAGUUAUACCACUUUUUGAUGAUAUGGUUGGGAAUAAAGGUUUGUUGGUAACGAAUGGCAAUCUGUGGAAGCAACAGAGGAGAUUUGCUCUUCAUACACUCAGAAACUUUGGAGUGGGCAAGAAAUCCCUGGAGCCAUCCAUCCAACAGGAGUGUCAUUAUCUCAUUGAUGCUUUUGCCAGCCAUCAAGGUCAGCCUUUUAAUGCUCAGCCAGUGAUAAACAAUGCUGUGUCCAACAUCAUCAGCUGCCUGGUGUUUGGAGAUCGAUUUGAAUACAAUGACAAGCAGUUCAAGGCUAUUCUUGAAUAUUUCAAAGAGACUAUAUACUUAGAGGGAAGCAUAUGGGCACAGACGUACAACAUGCUGCCCUGGCUGAUGAAGUGGAUGCCUGGACCUCAUCAGAGGAUUUUCAUUAUGUUAAAAAAGAUAAAUGACUUUGUAGAAACCAAGGUAAAAGAACACAGGGAAAGCUUUGACCCAUCCUCACCAAGAGACUACAUUGACUGCUUCCUCGUAGAGAUGGGAGAGAGGGAGGACAAAGAGUCUGGCUUUGAUAUUGAGAAUCUGUGUGCUUGCACUCUGGACCUGUUUGUUGCUGGAACUGAAACGACAACAACCACAUUACACUGGGGACUGCUCUACAUGAUCUACUACCCUCAAAUACAAGAGAGAGUCAAGGCUGAGAUAGAUGCCGUCAUUGGUUCAUCCAGAGUGCCCUCCAUAAAUGACAGAGAAAACAUGCCCUAUACUAACGCUGUCAUUCAUGAAAUCCAAAGAAUGGCUGACAUCAUCCCACUAAAUGUAUUCCGCAUGACAUCCAAGGACACCACACUGGACAAGUACUCAAUCCCAAAGGGCACCAUUAUCCUGUCCACCCUAAAUUCAGUUCUUCAUGAUGAGACCAUGUGGGAAACUCCACACUCCUUCAACCCUCAACACUUCCUGGAUCAAGAUGGCCAGUUUAGGAAGAGAGAUGCUUUUCUUCCUUUUUCAGCAGGGAAGCGUUUGUGCCUCGGGGAGCAGCUGGCCAAGAUGGAAUUAUUCCUCUUUUUUACUUCACUUCUUCAGAGGUUUUCUCUCACUGUGCCUGAUGGAGAACAGCCCAGUCUGGAUUAUGUUUUAGGAUUUAGUCGCACUCCCAAACCUUACCGCCUCUGUGCUGUACCACGAUAAAAUGCUGAGAGUCCUGAUCUCAAUCAUGUCUCUGUUGAGGAAAUUACAUAGGUAAUGAUAUGUUGCUUAGCAUGACUCGGGAAAUUAGCAUAAUUGGUCCUUGGACGGGAAGUUUCUCAGAUUGUCAAAAUGGUAUUCAUGGUUUAUGUUUGUUUAAGGUUUUUAAAGUUCAAAUCUGGAAUAUAUUUGGACAUUACUCAAUUCUAAGUAUGAACAAUACAAGCACUCUAUGUUGAGGUUUUGAUGCUUCAUAGUUUUUUGUCUUCACCUUAAAAUCAAUCCCUAAAUUCUCUUAAAAAUAGUCAUUUAGGUUUGAAGGAAAUGCAAAAAUACAAUAGUAAUAAUACAUGUGCUGGAAAUACAUUGUUAAAUUUGAGACAUUUUCGUAAAAUGUACAAAUAUGAUGAAAACUGCAUUUUCUUGAGGGAGAUGGCAAGUGACCCAGACUUCCUCCCUAAUGAAACAGACAAACUUCUGGAAGAAUGGGCAUGUAAAGGAUUGCAAGUUUACUCACAAAUGAUAGCAAAUAAUACAAUUGUUACAUUUGAGUCACUAGUGACUAAAUUCAACAUAUCUCUGUAACUCCUUUUAGCAUUUACAAAUUAGAAGCUACUUCAUGAAACAACUGAGAGUGGAACAGAACCAGAGACUACAUGGGUUAAUAGAAUUUAUAAACAAAAAUAAAGACAGUAAAAAUCUCAAAACUAUAUUGAUUUUACUAGAAACAUAGACAAAUGCAGACAAUACCAAAGAAAAAUGGGAAACAGAAAUGGCAGUAUCAAUUGCAGAAGAAGACUGGGAAGAAGUAUGUGAAAGAGCCUUCAAGACAUGUUCCAAAUAUUGGAAAGAAUUCGCCUGGAAAAUCAAUACAAGGAUUUUCACAACACCAAAAAUCACAUCAAAUAUAAUCCAUCAGGUACUUCUGCUUGUUAGAGGGAUUGUGGGGAACAAGAAGCAAAUCAUUCACAUAUUUUCUAUAUUCUUUCAGGGGAAAGCUUCACAUAUUCUUCAUCUACAGAAACAGUUACAACCAACUAACAUCAUUAGGUAUCCUUCCAUCAGAAUAGGAAAAGAAGAAGAUAAGUACCUGUACAUAAUAAUAUGCAUAGCAGCAUUAAAGCAGAUCACAAGGUACUGGAUGGAUGUUAAACCACCAUCAGUUAAUGCUUGGAAAUUAACAAUGGAAAGCAUAAAAGAAAUGGAAGAAAUCACCUAUAGGCUGAGAACCGAGAAGAGGAAUUCAUAAGGACCUGGAGUAAAGGGGUCAGAGAAUUAGAUGGAAUUGAGAGGAUAGAAAAAAAUGUGAUUAAAUGGAUUAAAAUUUAGAGGGUUUUUUUCUUCUUUCACUUUUUCUUUUUCAAAUUUGUUUGUUGUGUGUAUCCUCUAUUUACUUCUGAUUUUCCCCUGCUUUGACUUUAAUAUCUAAAAAAUUUUUAUAAAUAUGACAGGAUGAAAGAAAUGAGUGAUGAAACUUAAUAACACAUAUGUUAAAGCCUGCAAUAAAAUAUUUUUAAAAAUAGUCAUAUCUUUGGUGUU